AUGCCUUAUAAUACGACAGCGAUUCCGCCUAGAAAGGAGCCUACAGGGCAAACUCAGCUUCCACGUCAGAUGCCACAACCCCAAUUGUCGAGGGUGAAGAAGAUCAUCAGCCAGGAUCCUGAAGUAGCCAUGUGCUCCAACAAUGCCGCCUUUGUCAUCACUUUGGCCGCCGAAAUGUUCGUCCAGCACCUCGCCAGCGAGUCCCAUACUCAAGCCAAGCUAGACAGAAAGCCGCGCAAGAACAUUCAGUACAAGGAUGUUGCCAGCGCAGUCUCUCAUAAGGAUAGUCUCGAAUUUCUGGAAGAUACUGUCCCCAAGACAGUGCCUUUCAAAAAGGCUAUGGCUGCGGCCCUCGCUAGGCAAGCCCACCUUCGCGGUGAAAAUGUCACCUCGGACGAAGGGCUUCAGGCUACACAAGAAGUGGCAAAUGGAAGCAGCAGCGUUCGGGUGAAUGGUGAUAGGGCCAGCUUUACCCUUGCUUUACGGUCGGAUGAUAGAUAUGACCCAAAUGACCAACUGGAGCUGGAAAUGAGACAGGCUGCAGAGCCCAGGAACCACGAUGUCAGCAUGGGUGGCCAGUAG